UUGGAACUUAAUGGCUCAACUCUCCGCUUAAUUACUGCUAUUUAAUUUCCACCCUCCCCCUCGUUAUGUCCCACAUGGACCCGCCCGUUCCACCACCACCCUCCCUCCUCCCCUCCCAUGCACGGCGUCCCCUUUCUGCAGCAGCAGGCCGCGCGCAGGAAGGAAGUCAUCGUGCACGCCAGCAGCCUGUCGGCGGCUUGUGGAGCUAGAAUGACAUAGCUGGUGAAAAAGAGGAAGAGGAAGAGGAAGAGGAGAAAACAAGCAUUUGACAUAUUUUUUUUAAAGCCUUUGUACAUCCGCAGCUUGCCCAACGAUGCUCAUCAAAGAAUUUAGGGUGAUUCUUCCUAUCUCAGUGGAGGAGUACCAAGUGGGCCAGCUGUACUCUGUGGCCGAGGCCAGCAAGAACGAGACAGGAGGCGGCGAAGGCGUGGAGGUGCUAAAAAACGAACCUUAUGAGAAAGAUGGAGAGAAGGGGCAAUACACGCACAAAAUCUACCAUUUGCAGAGUAAAGUGCCGUCCUUCGUCAGAAUGUUAGCUCCGGCUUCGGCCCUCAACAUCCACGAGAAAGCUUGGAAUGCGUACCCAUACUGUCGCACAGUUAUCACCAAUGAAUACAUGAAGGACAACUUCCUGAUCAAGAUCGAAACGUGGCACAAACCCGACCUGGGACGCCAGGAUAACGUGCACAGUUUGGAUGCAGAAACCUGGAAGAAGGUGGACGUGGUCUAUCUUGACAUUGCCGACAGAAGCCAAGUGGAGCCCAAGGACUACAAGCCAGAGGAGGAUCCCUGCAGGUACAAGUCGGUGAAGACGGGACGAGGCCCACUAGGACCAGACUGGCGGAAGGAGCUCCCUAACAAGAAAGACUGCCCACACAUGUGUGCCUACAAGCUGGUCACGGUCAAGUUCAAGUGGUGGGGCCUGCAGAACAAAGUGGAGAGCUUCAUCCAAAAGCAAGAGAAGCGCCUGUUCACCAACUUCCACCGUCAGUUGUUCUGCUGGAUUGACAAGUGGAUCGACUUGAACAUGGAGGACAUCCGCCGCAUGGAGGAGGAGACGCGCAAGGAGCUGGACGAGAUGCGAGUGAAGGAUCCGGUGAAAGGCAUGGUGGCGCUAGAGGACUGAGGUCGCCCCCCCAAGACGGUGAAUGCUGCUGCUCAUCAGACCCGAAUACCGAGACACCAGCGGAUUGAAGUCCUCCUCCCAUUUCAACCGACGCGACAUCUGGCCGUCCCCUUCAAAUUCCCAAUCCUGACGUGACGACCCUCCGUCCCAAAUUCCUUCGCUCGGUACUGCCCGGUUUUCAGGUAGCCGGACCCAGUAAAGUCCUCCUCUCUAGUCUUCGUCCUUCCCCCGUUCACUGACAGCUCUGAGGCGUCCGGUAGAAAAUCAAUAGAUUCAUUUAUUUGUCAAUUCAUUCCCAGAACCACAGAAAGUUAUUUAUCUCUGCCAUGUAGGAUUUACUGAAGCUAUUCCGAAAUUGUACAUAUAUACGCACUAUGCUGGGUGGGUGGGGAGUGGGGGGAGUCAAUGUGUUGAAUAAUGCAGUAUUUAUAUACUGUACAUAUAAAUAUAUAUAGAUAAUAUAUCAACAGGGUUUUUAAAAUGAUUUUGUCUGUAAGUCGGGACUUUUUUUUCUCCCCACCAGAUGCUGUGUUUAUUUUUUCAUUACAUCUUUUCUUUCCUUUAGCGUCAUUAGCGUUUUUGUUUUUUUGCUACAGUGGUACAAAUCGGCAGGUCAAAAGUUGUGUUUUUUGGUUUUUUUUUUUGCCCUGGUAAUAUUCUGCUGCUUUGUGACCUUGUGUGUUUGCGUGCGUUUGUGUGUGUGAUCUCACAAGUUUUUCCAAAUGAAGGAAUUAGCAUUCAUUUAGCAUGAGGACUAAACAUGCAUACUCUCCAAUUAAUUCAAUUUUUAAAGCCCCGUUUCCACCGAGAAGCACAGUUCGGUACGCAAUUUAGAAUGUUUCCAUUGGCAGUUAACAGUUAAAAGUUAACAGGGGAAACUAUUGCGGAUGUUUUCAUCCGCAAUAGUUUAUUUUGAUCAAAAUUGCGUGUGAGUCAUAAUGCCAAACAGGAGAAGUUGGAUUUCAACACAAUAAUUUGAUACUACGUGAGGGAUGUUGUGAGUGUAUACAAAAAAAAUUAUGUACUUCAGCACCUUGGAUGCAUUUCUCGUAAAUAGUGAAUGCAGAACAUUUGGUCAACACAAUAACUCCUAAGUGAAGGACAGAUCAUUUUCCAUUGCCAAAUAUGUAAAAUUGAACAAAAUAAAUGUUCUGUACUUUUGCAUUUCUUGGCACGUUUAUGAUGGGGUACCAUACUGGGCUAAGGUUAUACACCAAAGGCGCGACAAUAAUAUCGCGAUGUAUCAUGCAAUACAGUAUUGUUAUCAAAAAUAGCAUUAUCGUAGCGGACUGACAACUUUCCGACAACUUUAAAUUUUAUGAGAAUUGGUGAAAACACGAUUUAUUACGUAUUAAAUGUGUACACAUACUAAAUAGAAUGAUGACUACAGAAAACAAAAUGCUAUAAUAUCAGCUAUAUGUCGGACUCAUAUUUAAUAACGCCUAUCAACUUUUUUUGUGACAUAGAUGUCAUGAAAAUAUAGCUGUAUCGUGAAACUGGGAUAUUGUUGGCAAAAUUAUAUCGUAUUGAGACUGGACCGAACUGGACUGCUGUGGGAACUAGGCUUUAGCGAGUCACCUUCUCUCCACUGGAUAAACGAAGUUAUCCAGCGAUAGCAAUAACUGCCAUGAUGACGAAAAAGUCCCAACUCCAUUGUUUCUGUUUCGGGGGAUUUUUUCAUUUUUAUCUGUUUUUAGAUCGACCUCUGGCCUAUUGUUUUUGAGAUGUGUGCAUGAGCGUACGUGCAUGUGUAUGUGUGUGUGUGUGUGUGUGUGUGUGCGUGCGUGUUACGUUCAGUGAUGUGACUGUUUUUGUUGUACGUUUGUACAAAAUGUCCGAGCCAGAAGCCUAUUGAUAUACCAUUUUUGUGCAAUAUGUCAAAAACCCUUAAAAAUAUUUGAAUACAUAAUUUGAAAAGAUGAUUAAGGUAACAAAUCAGCACGUUCGCUGUCCACUCUCCGGACUUACAAGCCAUCUCCAGGCUUCCAUAAAGUAUUGUACUGUAUUCCCCGCACAAGGACCGCAUUGCAGGACGGCAUUAAAAAAAAAAACAUUUUUGUUGUUGUUUUAAAUGUUGUCGUCGUGCUGUUGU